AUGGAGAACAAGAACAAGAACGAGACGGGCUCUUCUUCCCCGAACGUUCCAGAAGCUCCUGACCAACGGAGUCGGUCAGUGCUUCUCCUGCAAACGCAAACGCAAACGCAGGGGCAGCGGCUGCUGCAGCAAACGCAGACGCAGGGGCCGGCGUUUCAGAUGCCAGUGCACUAUCCAAGGUACAAGAGGGAAGAGUACGAGAAGAUGAGCGAAGAAGAAAUAGAUAGACUAUUGGGGAUGUAUGGGUUAACAGUCUCAGGAGACUUGGAUUUCAAGAGAGGCUUCGCAAUCGGUGCUUUUAUCUGGGACGACCCUAAACCCUAA